AUGUCGUGCCUUAGAGUUCAAACCAAGGCCUUCACGAAAGGUUUUUCUAUGCCAUUAACGAGACUUUUCUCGACAGGGCCUCAAUUAUUUCAGGCUGAAACUGAUACCAAGUUUACAGAUUUUGGCUAUAAGCAAGUUCCAGAGGCAGAUAAAGAGAAGCUGGUUCACGGUGUUUUCUCAUCAGUGGCCAGCAGCUAUGAUGUGAUGAAUGAUGCUAUGUCAAUGGGUAUUCAUCGUAUUUGGAAGCGUCACAUGAUCAAUAAAUUGGAUUGUGGUAUGCGUGCCAGUUCGGGCGAACCAUUGCAAUUCCUUGAUGUCGCUGGUGGUACUGGAGACAUUGCAUUUGGAUUGUUGGAUCAUGCAAAGGAAAAGUAUGGAGAUACACAAUCAAAAAUGAUUGUUGCGGACAUCAACGCAGAUAUGUUGAAGGAAGGAGAGAGAAGAAGCAAAAAAACUGUGUAUGCCGACUCUCCUCGCAUCAAGUUUAUGGUUCAGAACGGAGAGAAACUUGAUGCCAUUCCUGACAACUCUAUCGAUGUUUAUACCGUUGCAUUUGGAAUUAGAAAUUUCACCGAUAAACAGGCAGGAUUGAAUUCAGCUUAUCGUGUUCUUAAGCCUGGCGGAAUCUUUGCUUGCUUGGAGUUUUCCAAAGUGCAGGACCCUGUUCUGGACUAUUUCUACCAAAUUUACUCGUUCUCUUGCCUACCAAUGAUGGGACAAUUUAUUGCAAAUGAUAGAGAGUCUUAUCAAUACCUAGUGGAAAGUAUCAGAAAGCACCCAGACCAGGAAACUUUUGCCAAUAUGAUCCGUAAGGCUGGAUUCUACGUUCCUGGCAAAGGCUACGAAAACUUGACAUUCGGCGUUGCUGCUAUUCAUGUCGGUGUCAAAUUAUAA